UGUUACGCAAUGGGGUCUUUCUGAAAGGGCUAGCAUCCACAACACGUUAGCGGUACAAACUGCGAGGCUCGAAGCAGUUUUAAAAACGCUUCCAUCCAGCGGAAAUACUCGAUCAGUUGUCUGGGAAAGACCUGUCCAGAGUACAGAUGCCUGUAGCUGUAGGACCGUAUGGACAGGCACAGCCAAGCUGUUUUGACCGAGUGAAGAUGGGCUUCAUGAUGGGCUUUGCAGUCGGAAUGGCUGCCGGUGCCAUGUUUGGAACGUUCUCCUGUCUACGAAUUGGGAUGAGAGGUCGAGAGCUGAUGGGUGGAGUGGGAAAGACCAUGAUGCAAAGUGGGGGUACAUUCGGGACCUUCAUGGCCAUUGGCAUGGGCAUUCGCUGCUGAUUCUGCUGUUCACUUUACUUGACUCUAAAUUCCUUUCAUAUAUUCACAAUGCCAUAAAACUGAGUUUGUGUUAAUAAAAUUAUAAUUUAAAACAA